AUGAGUAGACCUUACCGAGUGGUGAAAUUCAAGACCAUUGACGGGGUCAUCUUGCGAGGCAGGCUGUAUCCAGCCGCUCACCGAGGGCCCGCAGUUAUUCUCACGCCUGGGUACAAUACUGUCGUUAUAAACUCGCCACCAGGAAUACCAGAAGAGUUCCAGAAAGCCGGAAUCACCGCGCUCAUAUAUGAUCCACGGAGCACGGGCAAAAGCGGGGGCUUUCCGCGGAAUGACAUCGAUCCUUUCAAGCAGGCAGAAGAUUAUUCGGACGCCUUUAUCUUCCUCUCCAAACAGCCGAUGGUAGAUCCGGAAGCCAUUGUGUUCUGGGGAGUAUCAAUGUCAGCGGGGGUUGCAUUGGCAAACGCUGCAAUCGACCAACGAAUCGCCGCGGUCAUCGCGAUCGCACCCAUCUUCGAGUUCAAUCCCGUGAGACCCAGUGACGCUCUCAGGCUGAAGCAGAAGCUGAUGAAGGAUCGAGAGGCACAAGUCAAUGAUGGAAGGCCUCCUUAUAUCCUGCCGAUUCUGGAGUCUGUGGCGUUUUUGCCGUACAAUUCCCAUGUCAACACCGCCCCUGAGGCGCAGAAGAAAGAAGAAGACGAAUACCAUCUCCAACUGGCAGACCUCUGGAAAGACGAGAUGGAAAAUGGUGAAGAAAUUGACCCUUUAUUGACCCACAAUGCGUACGGGACCACUAUACAGUCAUAUCACCGCAUGUUUUUGUGGGAGCCUAUCCCCCGAGAGCUUGUCAGGAAGAUCAGUCCUACGCCGGUAUUCUUUCUAACUCCAGAAUUGGAUCAGAUCUCCUCUCCGGAGCGACAGAUCGAGGUCUUUGAAUGUCUCGAGGGCCCCAAGCGGCAAGUAUUUGCACCAGGAAAGGAGCACCUGUACGUCUUGAAUGGGCCAGACAUGCCGGCAUUGAUGAAAGGACAGAUCGAGUUCAUAUGGCAGGUUGUGAAGGGCCGCUUCAAGAGCCGUUCAGAUAAGACGACAUCAGGGGGAAUCAUACCCGCAGUCUCCCUCAAUGGCGUAGCUGAAGAGACCAAGAACUGA